AAAUUGGGGGAUGUUACUGGUGGGUGGCUGCUAUACAAAUCUGCAGCUUGAAGGGAGAUCCAUACUGUCAGAUAAGGAUAAACAGCUCGUCCAGGACUUGGCCCUUGCCUGGGACCUCCCUUCCCCAACUGAGAAAAACAGGAGAUGGCUUUUUGAGAAACUACUGAUCCAUGCUGUAGUUGGACGUGUCACAAGGCAAAUUAAGCAGCUGAGACGAGGUCUUAAAGAAACCCCAAUGUGGGCACUGGUGACCCAGAGACCUGACACAGUGGCCUUGCUUUUCCCUAAAGAGGGAGCAGGACAUUUCAGCCCUGAGGUACUUCUUCAGCGACUCACAUGGCCUCAUGAGGAUAGCGACGAUGAUGAGUGUUCAGCUGACACCAAAUGCCGCGUAUCAGGCUAUCUUCGACAGUUCAUUGCUAAUGCAACACCAACUGAACUGACCAACCUGGUCAAAUUCUGGACCGGAUGGGAGAUUGUACCACCAAGUCUCUCUGUAGAAGUGGUCGAGAGCAGAUACCCCACAGCCUCCACCUGCUUUGAGACCUUGCGCAUCCCAGGGCACUACAAGGAUUACACAUCUUUUAAACAUGACAUCCUGGCCUGUAUUUCCACUUGCCAUACAGGAUUUGGUCUUGUGUGAGUGUCAUGUGGCCUGCAUUUACCCUUGUCAGACAAGAU